GUAUCCACUACGUGGGGCAGAUGCAGGAGGGCUCCAUCAUCCGCUUCAUGGUGGACCAGCUGACGGAGGGGCAGCUGGAGUGGGCUCCGCUGCCGGCCGUCUACGACGCCGUGGUUUUGGGGGAGCCCGGCCGCGGCAGGACGUACCGCAUCUAUUCGGGGAAGCAAGAAUAUUUCCGAGGCUUGAAGGAGCAGUUUCCCGGGGAGGGGGCCGCUAUCGACGAGUUCGAGCGGCUGGUGAAGGUAAAGGGGGCUUCGGCUUUGCUGCGGGAAUGGGAUGGGGGGAUUUUCUUGGCUCUGGGGGGUCAUGCAAGGAGGGGAAAUUCCCCCCCCCCUCCCGAUACCCAGAUAUUGGGCAAUUCGGUCUGCCUUCCGCGGCUCAGCCCCUUCUGUCGGCUGGCGUCGCGCAGCCUGAAGGAGGUGGUGGACGGUCUCACCGCCAACCGCGAGCUCAGGGCCGUCUUCUGCUACAUCUUCCCCACCUACGGUACGGUCCCCUCCAAGACCAGCUUCUCCAUGCACAGCAUCCUGGUGAACCACUUCCUCCAUGGUGCGUGGUACCCCAAAGGAGGGGCCGGGGAAAUCGCCUUCCACAUCAUUCCCGUUAUCCGGAAAGCCGGAGGCAACGUGUUGGGAAAGGCGCCGGUGCAGAAGAUCCUGCUGGACUCCCAGGGCAAAGCCUGCGGCGUGAGUGUCAAGAAAGGCCAAGAUUUGGUGAACAUCUUCGCUCCCGUUAUUAUUUCGGACGCUGGGAUCUUCAACACCUACGAACGGCUCCUGCCAGCGGAGGCACAGGCACUGCCUGAGAUCCAGUCUCAGCUUCGCAUGGUGACACACGGCGAAGGGGCUUUCACCGUCUUCGUAGGUCUUAAUGGCUCAAGGGAAGAGCUGGGGCUGGAGCCCACCAACUACUUCAUGUACCCAGGAAACGACCUGGAUGAAGUAAUGAAUCGCUACCUAGCUUCUUCCAGAGAAGAAGCUGCCAAGAACAUCCCUCUCCUGUUUGUCACCUGCCCAUCGGCCAAGGACCCCACCUGGGAAGCGAGGCACCCAGGUAAAUCCACACUGGCCAUCGUGACCUUCAGCAAGUACGAGUGGUUUGAGGAGUGGAAGGACAAGCAGGUCAAUAAGCGGGGAGAUGAUUACGAGGAGUUGAAGACCACCUUUGUGGACGCUGUCAUGCAGGCUGUCUUCAAGCUCUACCCUCGCAUCGAGGACAGGAUCGAGUACCUCUCUGGAGGGACGCCCCUCACCAACCAGCACUACAUUGCCAGCCCCAGGGGGGAGAUCUACGGCGUCGACCACGACAUCGCCCGCCUGCAAGCUGAAGCCAUUGCCACCUUCAGGGCGCAGACGGCCGUCCCCAACCUCUACCUGACAGGGCAGGAUUUGUGCAUAGCGGGCUUCGUGGGAGCCCUGCAAGGAGCCUUCAUCUGCGCCAGCGCUGUCCUCAAGCGCAACCUCUAUGCCGACGUGGUGCGGCUGAAAAAGCGCACGCAAACCACCAACGCCAAGAAGAGGGACUAA